UCCCUGUCCGCUCCUCGUUCCGCCUGCUGGGCCUUCAACACGCCUUCAUUUUGUCUCGGACUGCCGCCGUCCUCGUCUCCGCUGCCCUCUGGCCCGCGGGGCCCAGCCAGCUCGCCUAGUGGAUGCGGUUGAAGGCGUUCGAACCCGCGUUUCCUGUGCUUUCUUCCUACAAAACCUCACUCAGUUCCUAGUAGCGAAGUCCCUGGACCAGCAAAAGUGCGUGACAUGGGGCGGACGUCAAAGGACAAGCGGGAUGUUUAUUACCGCCUGGCCAAGGAAAACGGCUGGCGCGCCCGUAGUGCUUUUAAACUACUACAACUCGACGAAGAAUUCCAGCUCUUUCAAGGGGUGGUGCGGGCUGUGGACUUGUGCGCAGCCCCAGGCAGCUGGAGCCAAGUCCUGAGCCAGAAGAUUACGGACGGACACGUGGUGGCGGUGGAUCUGCAGGCGAUGGCCCCGCUUCCAGGUGUGUUACAAAUCCAGGGUGACAUCACCCAGCUGUCUACUGCCAAGGAGAUCAUUCAGCACUUUGAGGGCUGCCCCGCAGACCUUGUCGUGUGUGAUGGGGCCCCGGAUGUAACUGGCCUUCACGAUGUGGAUGAGUACAUGCAGGCCCAGCUCCUCCUAGCUGCUCUGAACAUUGCUACCCACGUUCUGAAACCCGGGGGCUGCUUUGUGUCCAAGAUCUUCCGAGGCCGGGAUGUGACGCUGCUCUACAGCCAGCUGCGGGUCUUCUUCUCGAAGGUGGUGUGUGCCAAGCCCCGGAGCAGCCGGAACUCCAGCAUUGAGGCCUUCGUUGUCUGCCAGGGCUAUGACCCUCCUGCGGGCUUCAUACCAGACCUGACCAAACCCUUAUUGGACCACACAUACGACCCAGAUUUCAACCAGCUAGAUGGCCCCACCCGCAUCAUCGUGCCAUUCGUGACCUGUGGGGACCUGAGCGCCUAUGAUUCCGACCAAAGUUACCCCCUGGAUCUCGACGAUGGCUCAGAGUACCAGUACACUCCACCCACACAGCCUCCCAUCUCUCCACCUUACCAAGAGGCCUGCACGCUGAAGAAGAAGGGACAGCUGGCCAAGGAGAUUCGCUCCUAAGAGUCCCUGUUAGCAGAAGACAUGUUGCCCCAACCCAUGGCUGUCCCACCUUGCCACCCCCAGCUGGCCUUUAAGGUGGAAGACAGUGAUAUGAAUUGUUAUAGUAACACAUUCAGCUGAUUGAACUCUGAAGCUGUUCGUUGUCAGGAGAGCCAGAAUUUGCAUUGAUGAACUUGGUUUCCAAUACCGUCAUCUCAUCAAGAGGGCCUGAACCUGUAAGCAGUCCCAAGUGGAAAUAGCAAAGAAAUAUUGCAAACUAAAUAAAAACUUGUUUUUGCACCACAGAUGGAAUUUUAGAAUGAGAUCUUGCCUCUUCUCUAGAUAAACCUUUCCAGAUGUGUCCUAUCAUGUCCAGAAUUUACUUCUAAAGUAGGGGUUCUGAACCAGGAUAGAAGUUGAGUAUUCAUGAACUUGCUGAAGAAAAAUACUACAUCUUGAUCUUCAUUUAGAACUGAAUUCCAUUUCACUCCCGAUUAUGGAUGCUGGCAAUAAGUCAUAGUAAUAAAGUACUACCUGCAACCUUC